AUGUUCGCUGCCUUCUCUUCUGUGAACUUGGACGAGCCGUGCGCAAACGACACCGCCAAGUCCGUUUGUUCCACCACACAAACGAUUCCGUUGCAUCUCACGCGGCUCUUUUGCGUCGCCCGACACGCCAACUCAAACUCCUCGCAAACCGCAACGAUGGAGGACUCGCAGCUCGCUGAGCACAAACACACCGACAGUAUUCAAGAUGACUCGAGCAACAAACGCCGCCGGCUCGAACAGCACGUCAGAGUCGCCUCGAUGAAUGAAGAAGAUCUUACCGACCCCGAAGCAUCGCUUGCUACAGUCCCAGUGAAGUCAUCCGACAUCCUUUCGCUGGACUUCACCAGAGUCGAUUACCCUGACCCCGCUGGUCGUAAUCAAGAGAGAAGUUAUCUCCUGGCUCAAAUGCCUGAUGGCAGUGUUCGUACCGAGUCGACCUGGAGUCCUCACAUUGCUUCUCUCCUUGGUCGUGCUUGUGGUCGUUCCUUGAAAAACAAGACGUGUAACAACCCCGCCUGUCCCUACCUACAUAUCUGCAAGGCGUGGGAGACCAGACCUCAGUCCGGAGGCGAGGGCUGUCCUCACAACUCCCUCGAGCACGAUGGCCUGAUCCAUGUGCUCCCCACCUGCCUAUGGGAGCGUAAAGGUCAUGGUUCUUGUCAAUUCGGCGACUUUUGUCAUUAUGGACAUGAUCACAUGGAAAUCCGCCGCCACCGCGAGUCUUUACCUCAGAUGGAAGUCGCCCACUUCAAGUCGAAUGGAACAUACCCGAAGCCCACCUUCACAACAGUCAGAUCCGACAACGAUAUGGAGCCCAGCUACGUGGUCAAUCUUGCUGAUGAGUCCUAG